CUGCCCCUGCUCGCGGCCCCGGCCCCGGCCCCGCACCGGGACAAAUGGAAGCCACCCAUCCACUAGCCGAGGAUCAGCUGAGCCCUGGGGCUGAUGCUUGCCCACACUGUUGAGAAUGGCACCAAGGCCCAGCCAGGCACCGGGACAAAGGUUAACCCGGGACACUCCUGGACAGUGAUCCUGAUGUCUGUUCGGAGCCGCGCACUCAAGGGUGUGAUAACCCCAGUCAGCGCCAUGGCUUCCGCCGAGCCCCUGACGGCGCUGUCCCGCUGGUACCUGUACGCCAUCCAUGGCUACUUCUGCGAGGUGAUGUUCACGGCGGCCUGGGAAUUCGUGGUGAACUUUAACUGGAAGUUCCCGGGGGUCACGAGCGUGUGGGCGCUCUUCAUCUACGGCACGUCCAUCCUCAUCGUGGAGCGCAUGUACCUGCGCCUGCGCGGCCGCUGCCCGCUGCUGGUGCGCUGCCUCAUCUACACGCUCUGGACCUACCUGUGGGAGUUCACCACCGGCUUCAUCCUGCGCCAGUUCAACGCCUGCCCCUGGGACUACUCCCAGUUCGACUUUGACUUCAUGGGCCUCAUCACCCUGGAGUACGCCGUGCCCUGGUUCUGCGGGGCCCUCAUCAUGGAGCAGUUCAUCAUUCGCAACACCCUCCGCCUCCGCUUUGACAAGAACGCCGAGCCCGGGGAGCCCAGCGGCCCCCUGGCCCUGGCCAACGGCCACAUCAAGACUGACUGAGCUGGGGGAGGGGGGUGGGCUGGGAGGCUCUCAUGGAUCCUGUGGACAAGGGUACCAAGCUGGUAGGGUUGCCCCCUGUGUACAGCACAAGCCCUGCCCCGUAGGGCACACGGAGCCCCCCCACCACCGUGCCCCCGGCGCCACCGUGGGCGGGCGUUGGGGGCGUGGUCAGG